ACUGCGCAACUUCCGGUGGUAGGAAGAUGGCGGAACUUCCGAGUGGGUAGGGGAGGGAGCGGCAGGUAGCAGAGUCCAACGCCCCUGGCUCCUCAUCAAAACUCAGCAGCAUUGUCCUCCGGGUCGCCCUCACAUUCCUGCUCAAUAUGUAGGCAGCUGGGUCGGUAGUUAACGAGCGGCUCCUGUGUUCGGGCGGAAUGGCUGCUACAGCGGAACUUUUCGAGGAACCUUUCGAUGUUGAUGAGUACAUUGAACGUCUGGCAUGGAGGACACCAGGUGGAGGUUCCAAAGGUGGAUCAGAAGCCUUUGAUCCAAAAAGGCUUUUGGAAGAAUUCAUGAAUCAUAUUGAGGAGCUGAAGAUGCUUGAUGAACGUAUCCAAAGGAGGGUGGAGAAACUGGAACAGCAGUGCCAGAAAGAAGCUAAGGAGUUUGCUAAAAAGGUUCAAGAAUUACAGAAGAGCAAUCAGAUUGCUUUCCAGCAUUUCCAGGAGCUGGAUGAACAUAUCAGCUACGUAGCAACGAAGGUUUGUCACCUUGGAGACCAACUGGAGGGAGUAAAUACACCAAGGCAACGGGCUGUAGAGGCACAGAAACUGAUGAAAUACUUUAAUGAGUUUCUGGAUGGAGAGCUGAAGUCUGACGUUUUUACAAAUCCAGAAAAGAUUAAGGAGGCAGCUGAUAUAAUUCAGAAGCUGCACCUCAUUGCUCAAGAACUGCCCUUUGACAGGUUUGCAGAAGUGAAGUCAAAAAUUGCAAGUAAAUAUCAUGACUUGGAAUGCCAGCUGAUUCAGGAAUUUACAAAUGCACAGAAGAGAAGUGAAAUUUCCAGGAUGCAUGAGGUUGCAUCGGUUUUACUCCAUUUUAAGGGAUAUUCUCACUGUGUGGAUGUAUAUAUAAAACAGUGCCAGGAGGGUUCAUAUUUCAGGAAUGACUUAUUUGAAGAUACAGCUACGUUAUGCCAACGAGUAAAUAGAGAAGUUCGUGAAGUCUUCAGCAGCCCAGAGAAUGUGAUGGCCAAACUUAUACAAAACAUUUUUGAGAUUAAACUUCAGAGUUUCAUCCGAGAUCGAUUAGAAGAAUGUAAAAGAUCUGAUGCAGAGCAAUACUUAAAGAACCUGUAUGAUCUGUAUACAAGGACCACAAAUUUAGCAAGCAAGUUAGCAGAAUUCGACCUUGGCACUGAUAAACAGACAUUUCUGGCUAAGAUGAUCAAAGGCAUUUUCAUUUCAUACCUGGAAAAUUAUAUAGAAAUUGAGACUGGGUACUUGAAAAAUAGGAGUAGUAUGGUGUUACAACGUUAUUACGAUUCCAAAAAUCAUCAAAAACGGUCUUAUGGCUCUGGAGGGAUUCAGGAUCUAAAGGAACGAAUUCGCCAACGUACCAACUUACCACUGGGGCCAAGUAUUGACACACAUGGUGAGACUUUCCUGUCACAGGAGGUGGUUGUCAAUCUUUUGCAGGAGACCAGGCAGGCCUUUGAGAGAUGUCACAGGCUUUCUGACUCUUCUGAUUUACCAAAGAAUGCUUUUCGAAUAUUUACUAUUCUCGUGGAGUAUUUGUGUGUUGAGCAUAUUGACUAUGCUCUAGAAAUUGGACUUGCAGCAAUCCCAUCUACAGAUUCCAAGACUGCGCCUCUUUACUUUUUAGAUGUUGUGCAACAGGCAAAUACCAUUUUUCAUUUGUUUGACAAACAGUUUAAUGACCACCUCAUGCCACUGAUAAGCUCUUCUCCUAAACUGACUGAGUGCCUGCAGAAGAAGAAGGAAGUGAUUGAACAGAUGGAAGUUAAACUGGAUACAGGGAUUGACAGGACAUUGAAUUGCAUGAUUGGACAUAUGAAGCACAUCCUGAGUGUUGAACAGAAAAAGACAGACUUCAAACCAGAGGAUGAAAACAACGUACUAAUUCAGUAUACUAAUGCUUGUGUCAAAGUCUGUGGCUAUGUUGGAAAGCAAGUGGAAAAAAAUCGAAAUUCGAUGGAUGGGAAGAAUGUGGAUACUGUUCUGACAGAAUUUGGAGUUCGCUUCCAUCGUCUUAUUCAUGAGCACCUUCAGCAGUAUACUUACAGUUCAAUGGGUGGCAUGCUGGCUAUCUGUGAUGUAGCUGAAUACCGGAAGUGUGCCAAAGAAUUUAAGAUUCCCUUGGUGUUGCAACUUUUUGACACGCUACAUGCACUCUGUAAUCUCCUGGUAGUAGCACCUGACAACCUUAAGCAGGUCUGUUCUGGAGAGCAUCUGACUAAUCUUGACAAGAACAUCCUUCAUGCCUUUGUGCAGUUACGGUCCGACUAUAGAUCAGCUCGUCUUGGUCGUCACUUCAGCUGAAAUCAGAAUAUAGUGUCUCAGCUUGAUGUGCUGGACUUUUCAAGCUUAGGCUGCUUGGAACUUUGGAAGCUUUAAAUACAGGGCAUUCCAACCCCUGUUAAAUAGUUAUUUACAAAUAUAUUUGGGAUAUUUGUGACUUCAUUAAAAGGCAGCCAUUAUUGAACUGUGUUUCAUUGAAAAACAGAGGCUGAGUUAAUCCAAGCUAAACACAGUAAUAUUUUUGCACAAUUUACGCUCUAACAAAUUAUCUGGAGCUGAACCUAUCAGAAGCUACUAAUGUUACUCAAGUUUUGCAUAUGUUACAAAAUUUAUGUUCAUAAUUAAAUACAAUCAGGGAGGUUGUUGAAGCACUGAAUAAUAAGUUUAAAGCUCAGUUCUAUAAACACUUGUUUGAAGAAAAUGUAGAGUGUUUUAUCCAGGUAUAAUGGAUUUACUUCCUCUUGCUGUACGCAGAUGUAACACUAUAUUAAUAGGAGUAUAUUUGUUUAUACAGGCCUUUGAUUAAACAGCUACAGCAGGUGCCUCGGCUUAUUAAACAUAGUUAUUGCUUCAUGGGUUAUUUUGUUGGUCUGGAAAUGGGGUGAGGGUUGAGGAGGUUGCAAUUUAUCACUGUCAUGCCAUUUCUAUGUAAGUUAACUUAACAGCUUUAGUAUUUAUGAGCUACUGCAGGUAGUGCUCUAUUAAAUACAUGUUACCUUUGCUAUCUCUGCUGUUGAUGUUAUUGUUCUCUGCUGUGGUAAUAUCAGAAUUACUAAAGGAGGAAGAAGAAUUGAGCAUUCUGGAAGUCAUUGCCAUUAUAGGUUAUGGGAGAAUGCUUUUCUGUUUCUCAAAGUAAGCGAGUUUUAAUCAUCUUUGCCAUAAACAUCAGUAAUUGCUACAAAACUCAGUUUAUUUUGUAGAUCUUUUAAAUGUUCCCUGAAGGAAUUUUGCUCAUCAGUUUGACUGGAAGUACUAUAAACAAUUGGUCAGAAUUUUUACAUUUUGUAUUGUUCCUUUUUGACAUUCUAGAAUGUUAUUUUACAUUAUUCCCAAAAGGUUGUAUUAGCUGUAAUUAUUUUCGGUGCGUGCAUGCUGUGCAGUAUUUCUUGUGUAUAAGGAGUAAAAGGUUGGAAAUGGUUAGUGGUGGAAAACUACAGAAUUCUUCCACUGAUGGUAAAAUUGUUAACAUUGCUUCCUCAUCAUUAAACUGCAAAUACCCCCACAUA